AGUCGCGCUUCAGCGCCGGAGGGCUGGUCGUCGCGACGCCGACGCAACGAAUCUUGGCUACGUCUUCGCCGUUGUCUCCGACGGUUCCCCGGGUGCUCGAUCGCUACCGCAGGGUCUAGGCCAAUGCGGCGGACGGGCAGCUGACGUGUUCUGCGGCGACCGGAGGUUCCCCAAAACACAACUCCUUCCCCACCCCCCGUCGUCGUCUCUGAAGAGUCGUCGCGCGGGCUGCCGGGAGCCAUGGGGACGCCCGCGGGUCUCCUCUUCGCCGCCGUCGUGGCGCUGCUGUCCGUGGCCGGCGCGUCGGCCGACUGGGACAGCGACGACGACCCCGUGAGCACGGUGCAGGUGGACGGCGUGCUGGGCCGCAGCGUCAGUCUGCCCUGCGACAUCGAGCCGGCGACGCGCGACGACCGGGUCUACAUGGUGCUGUGGUUCAAGGAGAAUGCCGGCAAGCCCAUGUACAGCUUCGACGUGCGCGGGCGGCCCUUCAACCAGGCGCUGUACUGGUCGGACGCCAAGUCGCCCGGCCCGCGCGCCUACUUCGCCACCAGCUCGCGGCCCGCCAGCCUCACGCUGGAGACGGUCCAGCUGGACAACGAGGGCACCUACCGCUGCCGCGUCGACUUCAAGGACUCGCCCACGCGCAACUCCGUCGUCAACCUCACCGUCAUAGUGCCGCCGUACCAGCUGUUCAUCUACGACAACUCGGGCCGGCCUCUGGUGUCGGCCGUGGUGGGCCCGCUGACGGAGGGAGCCCAGCUCACCCUCUCCUGCGAGGUGCGCGGAGGCAAGCCGCCGCCCACGGUGUCGUGGUUCGUGAACGACAAGAUGGCGGACGCCGCCGUGGCGCAGAUGGGACGCGGGGUCGCCGUCAGCAAGCUGGAGGUGGGCGGCGUGGGGCGGAGCGACCUCAACUCCACCUUCAAGUGCCAGGCGAGCAACACCAAGCUGGUGCUGCCCGUCGAGAAGUCUGUGCGCCUGGAGCUCUACCUGCGGCCCCUGAGCGUGGUGCUGGCGGACCGGCCGGCCAGCCUGGAGGCGGGGCUGGAGGCGGCGCUGGUGUGCGAGGCGGCGGGUUCCCGGCCCCCGGCGCAGGUCACGUGGUGGCGCGACGCCAGGAGUCUGCGCCGCGGCAAGCUGGAGACCACCGCCAGCGAGACGCUGGUGACCAGUGUGCUGAGGUUCGCGCCCUCGCCAGACGACGACGGUCAUGUGAUCAAGUGCCACGCCGAGAACCCCAGCAUCCCCGGGUCCGGCCUCGAGGACUCGCUCACUCUCAGCGUCGUCUAUGCGCCCCUGGUGGCGCUGCGGCUGGGCAACACGCUCAACUCGGCCGACAUCAAGGAAGGCGACGACGUCUACUUCGAGUGCGACGUCCGCGCCAACCCCAGGGAGCACAAGAUCGCGUGGCGCCACGACGGCCGGGCCGUGACGCAGAACGUGACGUCGGGCGUGAUCCUGAGCACGCGCAGCCUGGUGCUGCAAGGCGUGACGCGGCACAGCGGCGGCAGCUACGCCUGCUCGGCCGCCAACGGCCGCGGCGAGACGUCCAGCGAGGCCGUGGCGCUCCGCGUGCAGUACGCACCCGUGUGCGACAGCAGCGAGGUGUCGGUGAUCGGCGCGUCGCUCGGCGAGGCGCUGCGGGUGCGGUGCCGCGUGUCGGCCGACCCGGGCGACGUGCUGUUCGAGUGGCAGUUCAACAACAGCGGCGAGAGCAUCUCGGUGCCCGCCGCCAGGUUCGCCAGCGGCAACGCGAGCGGCGGCGCCUCCAGCGUCAGCGAGCUCAACUACGCGCCGACCACGGACCGCGACUACGGCACGCUGGCCUGCUGGGCGCGCAACGCCAUCGGCCGCCAGGCCGAGCCGUGCGUGUUCCAGGUCGUGUCCGCCGCCAGGCCCAGCGCUCCCAGGAACUGCUCGUUGCGGGCCGCGACCAACCACAGCGGCGCCGGGGCCGAGGUGUCGGAGGUGUUUGAGGUGCUGGAGGUGGAGUGCCUGGCGGGCUACGACGGCGGCCUGCCGCAGACCUUCCUGCUCGAGGCGUACGAGUCGCGCGGCAUGCGGCUGCGGCUCAACGCGAGCUCCGGCGAGGCGAGCUUCCGCGUGCCGCUGCACGAGCUGCGGCCCGCGCGCACCCGCACGCUGCACCUCGUCGUGUUCGCCGCCAACGCCAAGGGCCGCAGCGAGCCGGCCGUGCUCGAGGACAUCACGCUGCGCGACGCCGAGAAGCGGACAGAGCUGGCGGGCUUGGACGACGCUAUGGGACUGGGCAUGGUGCCGCUGGCGGCAGCGCUCACGGGCGCGGUACUGAUGCUCGGCAUGGCUGUGCUGGUGGCUGCGGUCCUAACGGCGCGGAGGCGGCACCUCGGGGGCGGCGCGGGACCAGGCGGCGGGCUGUUCGCGCACCAGCUCGACCAGGACGCCGUGAAACAGAAGCCGCCCCCGGGGGCCGGCGCCGGGGGAGGGUCCAUGCUGGAGAUCAACCACGGCGACCAGCGCUACGUGGUGUCCUACACGCUCAAACCGGCGACGGACUGGGACCGCCAGCCGGACAUACUGAAUCCUCCCUCGGGCGCGGAGAUGGACGGAGCCGCCCGGCCGGCUCGCAGGCCCACUGUGCUCUUCCCUGGACCAGGAAGCUGCGCGUCCAAGCGCCACUCCGCGCUGCUCGCGUCCUACACGACGCCGAGUCCCGAGCGUCGCGACGCCCCGGCGUCUUGCACCGCCGCCGGCGGCGCGCUCGCCAAGAGCCUCGUCAUCUCCAACACCAUCCCCGGACCGGAGAGCUGCGUAUGAGGCGCGUCGCUGGAGCCGCGGCGCCGUUCGGGGAAGACUUCGGGGAAGACUUCGGAGAAGACUUCGGAGAAGACUUCGGAGAAGACUUCGGAGAAGACUUCGAAGAAGACUUCAGGGAAGACAUCCGAAGAGACGGGCAGCUGCAGGUCUGCUUUGGAGGAGAGAUGCCGAACCAGGUAGGGACGUAUGACCACAGAGAUUCCACUCCAAAAUUUCCACCUUCAGUCCACACGAAGACCGUUGGUUGCAAACUUAUCUGGGGAUCUUCGUAAAUGUACGGCUAACUUUAUGGAUUUACGGACACUGAGCUCAUUCACUUCUGAACAUGAGCCUGCAUUACCAAAACAUUCAAAAAACUGGUCAAGUGCACAGUAGGAACAAUCUUCCCUUUUUGCGGAGGUUUGAAACACGGCGUAGUUUCCAACGAAGAUUCAGUCACUUGAAGGAACUUUUACGAAGGAACUUUUUUUCGUUUUGUUCCAAGUUGAAUUGUUCGUUGAGAAGUCCGCAAGUCUGCUGUGAUUUCUAACAGUGUGGCGGUGUCGGAGAUGUGUCGGCGAGUCCAGUGAACAAUUCUACGCUCGCUUCGGACCGUGGACUGUGUUUCUCAAGAACCAGCGCAGUUUUGACGUCAGCGCAGUUGCACAUUUCCGAAAGUGCGAAUUGGCUCUACUCUUCCACAAGUCUUCACCGCAACGGCAGCGACAAAACGCCUCGUUCUCAAGGCGCGCCAAAGUGUUUAGAGACCACCUGUGGCGGAUACCUGAUUUUUUUUCCCGGGGUUAUAAAAAUAAAAUUAUAAUUUGUGUAUUAAAAAAAACUCACGUCAGCAAGGGAUCUGGACAGUUAGCCUACAUUAUCAUUCCAGAACUUGAAUCACUCCAUGUGUGGUAUGUAUCUCCAGGUGUUGUAACAGACAUUGUGUCGCCAAAAAAAUAACAUAGGCUACUGUUUUCACCGAGAUAUCGCUUUUUUUUUGUCUUUACUUCAAGGAAGGUGAUAUCUCAUGCCUCUUAUCACCCCUCUGGACACUUGUUCAUCUAGCUACAACAUUUUCUGUCAAAGGUGUAAAAGUGUAUAGUGAUCCGCUAUUCAGAGAACAUUCUGCAAUUCUUGCAAUUAAAUUAUCUUGUACAGCAUUUGCUAAUUUAAAAGAACAAAGUCAGUGUCCAUGACACCGUGCAUCACCUCCGGGUACCUCAAAUGUUUGCGGCCUAUGUCGGAUGCAAUCGCUCUGGCGUCGUGAGAACUGCACCCCACGAAGAGGUUGUGUGACGAACACGAAUCAUUCUGCAAAUUGAGGACGGAACGAAAACAUCAUCACCCAAGCUUCUGCCUUAACCGCGGCACAAUGACUGGUCCAAUGAAAUAUCAAUAAGUGCACGACAAAAUAUAUUUUCAGUGUAAAAUAUCCAUAACUGAUACAAUACAACUUCAUUUUGUAAAAUGCUUACUUAUAUUUUCUUGAAUUACAAUAUGUUGCAUAUUUCAGACGAUGAUUUAAAAUGACUACAAACAGUACACGGAUAAGGUUUCAUAUCCAUCGAAAUGAAUUAUAAAAUUUAAAAAAAAAAAUUGUAAAUCUGUAAAGGGUUGUAGGUAUGUUAUGUAACCUAUAUUAUUUUUUAUAUUAUAAAUCAUAAGGGAGUAUUGUAAAUGAACGUGAAGCAUAAUUAACUUUUUUCUCAAAUUACUUUUACCUAUUUUCAAUAUUAUACAGCGAACUUAAACGAUGUUCCUUGCUUUGUUUUCAUGUUGUCUGAUAUGUUUGUGCAUGAGGUUUAUAUUACAAACCUUUUUUUGCGCUGUACGGCGUGCAUCUAGCAACAGAGCAAACCCAAGCAAGGACAGUGCUAAUGGCAGAAAUCGGGGCAUUGGAAAGAGAGAGUAAAUGUUCGUUUGAAUUCACACUGAAAUUUAAGUGUGAGACGCAGGAUAAAGGCGGUGAAAAAAAAUGGGGGGGGGGGGGGAGGCCCCUGGCGGGUCACGUGGGAACAACCCGAAAAACUCGGCCAGCUUCAGGUAACGCCCUUACGUCUACCGUCACACUUAAAACCGAAUUCCCUUGGCGGAAGGGAAUAGGUCUUGACAUACGAACGGCAAAUAUGUCCCCGUGAUGACCACUUUGUAUUUUCAUACAACUUGCCCUGCGUUUCUUUUGGAAGAGGCCUAUGUUUACAUUACGUACUAAUCUACACAUUCGGAAGAAAGCUUAUGAAAAACUAUUUUUUAUAUAUAUUUUUUUGUUUCUGAAAGGGCACUUUUGAAUAAAAAUUUAUCGAAAAUACAUUUGAAAACAUGUCUACUGCGAGCUUUUGAUUUCUGUGCGAGUUUAUUCGGACAAUAAAAUCAUCAGUUAUUCUUUUUUAAACAAUUAAACGUUAUUUCUUAUUCUGAGAAGGAAGUCAGCUGAACAACAGAAUGAGAUCUUCAUAUAAUGGGAGUCCAAGUUCCAAUUAUAACGUUCCGUGUUGCUCUUGUGCGCUACAAAACUGUCCAGGGAAAUCAUUAGUCACGCUAAGAGGAUUACAGGACAAGGUUCUCUUUUAAAAGGUAAUGUACUAUACUGCGCUGCGCAUUGUGAUGUUCAAUUAUCUGGUUUUACCGCGGAGGUGCUGGUAUAAGAAGACACUCCUCCUUAAUUAAUAAUUAUUUUUAUACAUACAAAUAAACAAAUAUACAUAUAAAAAUAAACCAGUUAUUAUAUCAUUACCGUGCGAGAUAAUUAAAUAUUAUUGAGAUAAUACAAGUUAUAAUAACUAAGGUCAUGUUCGAAGCAAUAAUUACUUAAUUUUCCAAUAGGUUAAGGUAUCCACCUUCUUUACAAAGACAACAGAACCUCAACACCCGACUGGUUCCACAAACAAUGAAAUUCAAACAAUCUAAAAAAAAAAAUGCGAAAUAUUUCUGAACGAAUGUAGCCAACGUGUUAUGCUAAAUAAACCAAAUUCAAAUAGCAGACAACUUAUCGAGGUGCUGAGUGGAAGGCAUUUCUUGAAAUCAAAAUCAUCUAUCGCCAUCUUGAUUCACCUAAUUUAUUUAACUAAAUAUUUCUUUCAGAAAAUGUAUUAAAGUAUAUUAACGCCAAAGAAUAUAAUAUGGCUACAAACAUCUUAUUACAAUUGAUGACCGAAGAGACAACUAUAAUUAAAAUUCUAAAAAAUAAAAAUGACCAAAUAAUAUUAUUAAAAAAAUAUAUACAUUAACCAAAAUUUAUAAUACACGAACGAUUCUUAAACGAAUUUAAACCUUAACUGCCGCCAGUUAAAAAGUCAGCAUUAAUAAAACUUUACAAUAAAAACAUUCAUCUUGAAAAUAUUAAAUCUCUCAGUUUAUAAUUUAAAUAAAGUUUAUGAUACAGCGUCCAACUCAAAUUUGGGGAGUGCGCGAAUCAACUAGAAAAAAAUUUUUAAAUCUUAAACUUUAAACUUUUUCUUAAAAACGUUCUUUCCACAACCGAGUCAUUUCAUGUCGUGAGCCCAAAAGAAUAUACAUGCCUAUAUAGUUUAGGUGUCAAAAACUUGGUAACCUUAUUUUCCAACAUAUUUAAGAAGGCUACUCGUGGCUAGUUUCUCAAAUUAAUCCACUGAAAAGUCCUCAUUUACUACCAGUCUAUUUUGAUAGCAAAAAAAAUAUCGUAAAAUUUGCCCAUUUCUUUCAAAUUCUACCAAAAUGCGUGAGCAACGAGGUAGACUUUAUACAUGCGAAAUGCGUAAUUAAAUGUAGAAAAUGUGUUACCACCGCCAAAAAAAAUCAGUUUAAAAGUAAGCUUACCUACAGUUCUCGUCGAUGUUGUACGAAGCACACGUUAGCUAUAGCAAAAAAAAAAAAAAAAAAGGCAUUUAAAUCACACGGCAAUAAAAAAAAAGCAACGAAGUUUCUGAUUCAUACCCGGGUUUUAUUAUUUCAGUUGUGCCAUUAUCUCCAAAAGUUCUAACUUAUUAUAUAAACCGUUCCCUGAAUAGCUUUUGAGUAUUAACUGCCUACAUAAUAAUCACGAUACAACAAAAUAAAGUCCAAUUUUUGAAUCUCCUAUCAUUGGAGACUGGAAAAAUUCGCGAGUUCAAUAACAUUCAGGAUAGACCCGUGUUUUUCAAGUUCCCCACGCCUCGCGACCCGCGACAGAGCAGACGUGUUCCAGGUUCUCCGUGCGGACGUGCGAGUCUCCGACGGCAAGAAGUCGGAAGAGUCUAGCGGCAGCAAUGCUACCUUCCUGCAACUGGCUGCAAAUGCCGCACCGCUCACGCUCGUUCCGGGGCCGGAGGCACGAUCAUAUAUGUCAUCUGAAACUUUGAAUUAUCUAUUAUGGCCUCGUGGCUGAGCGCUCAGCGGCGCUGUCAUCUUAUCGAAAGGUUGACAGAUCGAAUCCCGGCAGGUGCGAAUUUUUUUUUGUACUUGUAAAAAUAAAUACGAGUACGUAACAUUUCAAAAGUAAUAAAUAUAUUUGAAUAAUGAAUGCAAAUAACAGUAAAUUUAUUAAUUAAAUUGUAAUUUUCAGGUAAGGACAUGAUAACUAAUGGUCAAUUAGGUUAGGUUAGCUACAUUAUAAAUACUUUAAAACUUUGUGGACGGUUGAUUUGGUUAGGAUAGUUACAUUAAAGAUACUUGGAAAUCAUGUAAACGGUUUCCUAGCGCUGGAUAGCUACCGAUCGGCCAACUUCGGAGAGGAUCGGCAUUUGCAGCCAGUUGCAGGAAGGUAGCAUUGCUGCCGCUAGACUCUUGUCAAGAAGUCGCUACUCGACAGCAGGCGACGCCGCGCCCCAUUCGACCGCCUCGCCGCGAGGGAGACCUGAGAUGCACAUAAAGUUCUGCCAUUCCCGAUUACACCCGAACAAUUCACCUAGGGGCCAACCUCGGGAUUUGUUUAACUUUUGCGCAGGAAAAAAGAAUUCAAAUAUUAAAACUGGUCGGUUAGGUUAGCUACAUUAAAACACUUUAAAACACUAUGGACGGUUAGUUAGGUUAGUAUGGCUACAUUAAAAUAAACAGAGAAAUAUAAAUAUAUGUAAAUGAACCCGAGGUUGGCCGAAGGUGAAUAUUCGGGCGUGUUCGGGCAGGGACAGAACUUGAUGUACAUCUUAGGCUUCCCGCCUGGCGCGAGGGCCGUCGCCAUAGAACAAGGAGGGACAUACAGAAGUGUGACUCUUAAGGUGGGUCUACACUAUAUAACAAAAACAUGUUAUAUAAUAAGUUACUCAACUUGUUUCAUAACAUGUUACAUAACAAGAUAAAUAAUAAGUUAUAUAACAAGUAAUACAACUUGUUUCAUAAAAUGUUACAUGUUUUUAAACAUAUAUACCAGUGUGGACAAACGGCCAACAUGUUAUACAACAAGUUAUUUAACUUCCUUUGAUCUUUACCGACACUGCAUGGGAAACAUAUAACUUGUUUUAUAACACUUAUUUUGUUAUAAAACAUGGUGUUAUAUAACAAUUUUCUUCACGUUUUCAUAACAAAUUAUAUAACUUUGUUGUAUAACUUGUAAUAUAAUUUUCAUUCUUUUCAUUUUGUAACAUGUUGUAUAACUUUGUAAUAUAACAUUUUAUAACUUGUUUUGUUAUUGUUAUACAGUGUAGACCCACCUUUACAGUGAAAACUGAAACCUUGUUUCGUGCGACAUCUGUCGGGUGGGCCCAUAACUACUAGAAAAAAAGAGAGAAAAAAACCCGGACGGACGGGUUAAAGCCAACGUGUUAGGUUUACAAAAUUAAUUUAACUACUCGGUAGAGAUUUAAACUACGCGAGAAAUACAUUACGUAAUGCUGUUUUUUUUAUAUAAAAUAAAACAUGUUCUAUAUAAAUUAGUAGGAGAUAUAAAAUUUUCUGGUAUGCUACACCGCAAGAUAUGUGGUCAACAAAAUAUAUAGUGAAUUAAGUUUCACUGGUUUGUUUGCCUGAUAAUACCUCGUGCGUUACUUCUCACAAUCAGUGAAGCUCUAUUAGUGAUGAUUAUGAAAGCUACACUCUAGCGGGUGGACUCGGAACAAUUUCAAAUAACUCGGUCUCAGUAUCAGCAGUUAAAAUAUUUAAAAAGCCACGAAAAAUAUAAAAA